AGGUCAUGACAGAUGAUUUCAUUUCAACCCUAUCCCUACUCAUCCAUGAGGAAAACUGAAGACUUUAAUAACAAACCCUCCAAGGUCAAAAUGAACACAGAUAGCGGUGGGUGUGCUCGCAAACGUGCUGCCAUGUCUGUUACAUUAACAUCUGUGAAGAGAGUUCAAAGUUCUCCAAACCUAUUGGCUGCAGGGCGUGAUUCUCAGUCACCGGACUCAGCAAAAGGUUUUAGAAGCGUUCGACCAAAUCUACAAGAAAAAAAAUCACCAACUCAGGCACCCCUUCCACCACCCAGAAAAGAGAGCUUCUGUAGCUCCUUGAUAACCAGUCACACAAAGGGUGACAUUUUAGACCAAUUAGUAACUAACACACAAAUUCCCUCCUGUACAGAGUUCUUUACUAACAAAACACCUCUUCAGGGAACUAUGUAUUCUAAUGAUGAGUCCAGCCAGACAAUUGUAUAUUCUGAAGAAUCUAACACAACUGUGUCGUAUACACAAAAAAUCACUAAUCCACUACCACCACCUUCCAGCACAGGUCCCCCACCAAAAGCUGACAUGAGUACCCCAUUUCUACAAGAGGACUACACGCAAGAUUCUCAGACUCGGAGAAUCUCUACAUUGAAACUAAUCCAUAACCAGGAUCCAGGAAGUAGCAUCCUCUUUAAUCCUCCACAGUUUUCCAAAUCUGUUGAAGUACCAUCAUUUCGCAAAAGGCCUUGCUCACCACCCCCUAACCCAGUGCCUGAGAUACACACAGCAUCUCUUUCCAUUCAGAUAGCUCCGCUUUCAGGACACGAUCCUGAAAGCCACAAACAGCCACCUGAGCUUUCUCCAGAGACUGCAAAGAUACCUCUUCAGCCAGAGAGACAAAAACCUGCAGUUGCUGCGGCCUCUCAGUCCUCAGACUGCCAAGUGCUCGGAAUCCAGAACUUAACUGCCAAUGUGCUGGAGAGCCAGAUAACAGUGAAUGGAAACUCUGGAGGCACUGUGAGUCCACUGAGUUACUAUCAAAGGCCGUUUUCCCCUUCUGCCUACUCGCUACCAGGCUCACUCAACUCCAGCAUUAUCAUGCAGCAUGGCCGGUCACUUGAUUCCUCAGAGACAUACCCCCAGCACGCACAGUCUCUGGACGGCGGCAUGGGCAGCUCGAUACCCCUGUACAGAUCCUCAGAGGAGGAGAAGAGAGUGACAGUCAUCAAAGCGCCGCACUACCCGGGGAUCGGGCCGGUGGAUGAAUCCGGAAUCCCCACGGCAAUUAGAACGACAGUUGACAGGCCAAAGGACUGGUACAAGACCAUGUUUAAGCAAAUCCACAUGGUGCACAAGCCGGACGAUGACACAGACAUGUAUAACACUCCUUAUGCAUAUAAUGCAGGCCUGUACAACUCACCCUACAGUGCUCGGUCACAUCCUGCUGCCAAGACCCAGACCUACAGACCCCUCUCCAAAAGCCACUCCGACAAUGGCACUGAGGCCUUUAAGGAUGCUUCCUCUCCUGUCCCUCCCCCGCACGUUCCUCCUCCAGUCCCACCACUUCGACCAAGAGAUCGGUCUUCAACAGAAAAGCAUGACUGGGACCCUCCAGACAGAAAAGUGGACACAAGGAAAUUUCGUUCUGAGCCAAGGAGUAUUUUUGAAUAUGAACCUGGGAAGUCAUCCAUUCUGCAGCAUGAAAGACCACCCCCUCUCCCAACCACUCCGACACCUGUUCCAAGGGACCCUGGCCGGAAGCCUAUUUCUCUGUCACCAUAUGGAGAAGUAACUGGUAGCCCCUCCCCUCCGCCCAGGACCAGCAUUCCCACACCAAGCGCGUGCGCCCCGGCUCUCUCUCCCAUCUGGACUGAUCGCAUAAAUCCAGAUGACAUAGAUUUAGAAAAUGAGCCCUGGUAUAAAUUCUUUUCAGAACUGGAGUUUGGACGCCCGCCUCCUAAAAAGGCUCUGGACUAUGUUCAAGAUCAUUCUUCUGGUGUUUCCAAUGAGGCCUCCUUGUAUCAAUCCUCUAUAGACAGGAGCCUGGAAAGACCCACUAGUUCUGCAAGCAUGGCCAGUGACUUCAGGAAAAGGAGGAAGAGCGAGCCUGCAGUGGGGCAACCGAGGGGCUUGGGGGACCCAACUGCAAGCAGAACUAGCCCAGGUCGAGCAGACCUCCCAGGAUCAAGCACCACCCUGACAAAGUCCUUCAUUAGUUCUUCUCCUUCUUCCCCAUCAAGAGCAAAAGACCGUGAGUCCCCUAGAAGUUACUCAUCCACACUGACUGAUUUGGGGAGAAGUGUACCAAGGGAAAGAAGAGGAACUCCAGAAAAAGAGAAAUUGCCUGCUAAAGCUGUUUACGAUUUUAAGGCUCAGACAUCCAAGGAGCUGUCAUUUAAGAAAGGAGAUACUGUCUACAUCCUCAGGAGAAUUGAUCAAAACUGGUAUGAGGGAGAGCACCACGGGAGAGUGGGCAUUUUCCCAAUCUCAUACGUAGAGAAACUCACACCUCCUGAAAAAGCACAGCCUGCCAGACCACCACCCCCUGCCCAGCCUGGAGAAAUCGGAGAAGCUGUAGCCAAAUACAAUUUCAGCGCUGACACAAAUGUGGAACUAUCGCUAAGAAAGGGAGAUAGAAUUAUUCUUCUUAAAAGAGUUGAUCAAAACUGGUAUGAAGGUAAAAUUCCAGGAACCAACAGACAAGGCAUCUUCCCUGUUUCCUAUGUAGAAGUCAUCAAGAAGAAUACAACCAAAGGUGCUGAGGAUUACCCUGACCCUCCAAUACCCCACAGCUAUUCUAGUGAUAGAAUCCACAGCUUAAGUUCAAAUAAGUUGGCUUCCAGCGAACCAGUGCCCCCUCCCUUGCACAAAGCUUCAUGUGGCCCAGAUAAAGGAGCUCUCCAGGGAAUCACCCCAGGGUGGCUGUCCUUGACAGCCAAGUGUCCACUGGUAAAGCCUCUGGCCCCAACACUACCUUCUUUUCUGGACAACUUCUUGGACGAAUUAGAGGAGUUUGGUGCUUUAGUUUUACCUGCUGACCAAGCCAAACCAAAUACCCCAGAGGAGAUCACCCUUGAAAUUAAGGAGGACCCCUCUGUUGUCCUCUCAUUGCCGCCAGCAUCUGCACCUGUCAAGCCACUCUCCUCGCUGCUACCUCUCCCCCGCUUGGGUGUGACCUCAGCUGCAGCCCAGCCCCCUGAGGCGGCGCUGCUUCAGGAUUCCAGAAAGACGCCUCAAAACCAGUUUGCAGAUCUGACAACAAUGAGAAAGGGUUCUGCAGGCCCUGAAAAAGUACCUGAGGUCCUAGGUGAUAAGUUCGUGACCUCUGCACAUGCUAGUGUGGGUCCCUUGCCCCAAACCCUCCCCGUCAUUGGAGAAGAAGAUGAGGAAAUCUAUGAGGGGGUCAUGGCAGGUAUCCGAAGAGGGCCAGAAUCUCAAGAACCAGAUGCCUUGUGGUGUGGCCAUGAUGGCACAGAGGUGACACCACUCCUGCACAUGGAGGAGGAGGAAGAGGAGAGGGAAGCUGACUGCUCAAAAUUUCCAAUAGCAAUCCCCACAGACCCUAGGAGCCCUAAGGAAGACAGCAAUGCAGCAAAAACCAGUGAAGAGCCAUCUUCAUUUUCUUCGGGAGAUCGAACAUCUACAUCCUUUCCCAGCUGUCUGCUUUCCUCCCUUCCCUUUCAUACCUCCUUGGCCACUGUCUGUGACCUGGUCCCCACACUUUCUCAGCCUACCCAGCCCUCCUCAUCUCUGCUCCUCCCUAAAUACUCUUAUCAACAGGAGAUAAGCUCACCAAAAUUAAAGGCUGAUUUUAAAAGCGACCUACUUGUCUUGGGUAAGCCUCCGCGUAGCCCAGUGAUGUCCUGGAGAUCCUACAGCUCACCAGUCAGAGGGCUCAGCGGUUCCCACAGGCCACAGCGUCCUGUGUUUACUCAUGAAAACAUUCAAGGUGGGGGGGAACCGUUUCAGGCUCUGUAUAACUAUACUCCUAGGAAUGAAGAUGAGCUGGAGCUCAGAGAAAGUGAUGUCAUUGAUGUGAUGGAAAAAUGUGACGACGGAUGGUUUGUGGGAACCUCAAGAAGAACCAAAUUCUUUGGUACUUUUCCCGGGAACUAUGUCAAGAGGCUAUGAAUCACUCUCCCCAUUAUUUAUGCUGCAUUUCAGCACCACAUCUGCAUAACCUUGCCUGAAAGAUCUCCACAGGCCUCCUGCUGUUAUGCCUUCUGGUUUCCAAUAGAAGUCACCCACCAUCACCAUCUCCAUCUGCCACCAAUCCACCAGCAAUGGACCUGCCACCGCAGUGGGGAGAUUGGAGGAUUUGCUUCUGUGUGAAAGUGCAUAUUCCUGCCGUCUGCUCUGAACUUUGAAAAGUCAAUAUGUGGCAUCAGAAAGAAAAUCAUUAUACUUAAUAAGGGUUGAGUAGUUUAGGCUAAAAAGUAAGUGUCUCAAGGAGGCUCUCUUGUCCACUUUGGAAGAUGUUCUCCCCUCAGGCAACCAGAAGAUUGUUUAUUACUACUUGCUGGGGUUUGCAUUUUCACCUUCUUAGCUUGGCAGUAUAUUUUCCUUUCACGAGUUUGCCUAGUGUCCCGGUUUACACGAUAUGACAACUGUACUUCAGCUAUUGUUUGCCUGCACUUAUAUGUUGUAAUAUGCACAGUGAUUACAAAAUCUAAAGCGAGAGUAGGAAAGUUAAUUCGAAUGAGUGUGAUUUUGUUGAAUUGAAUGUGAGUUUCAAAUAGGAGUCUUCUGCAGGAUUUUUUUUUUUUGUACUUUUUAGAAGUGCAAACAAUAAGUGAAUAAGAGCCUUUGGUAAUAAUCAGGAGAAUAUAAGAGGUUUAGCUAGAUUACAGAAAACUAUUGUGUUGUAAAGUUGCAUUGCUAUUUUAUAUUAAAAUGUAAUAAUCAGCAUCAUGAA